GGUACUUCAUGCAGGAACAAAACGAUCAAAAACGAAUCUCCCCCAUUCAAAUUAAUAAAUAAGUAAAUAUUUAAAUGAUUAUUAGGCAUGUAUCACCGAUACUUUGGGCUUGCUGUGUGUGAAUCACAAUUCGUCGAGUUAUUACAUUUGAAAAAAGCACCAUCUUCCUGUUUUUAAAAUCUCAAAUUUUGAAAAGUGAAAGCAAAAGUGUUUUUUGUUUUUUUGCAGUUCGUAUAUGAAGACGCUAUUGUAUUAUACGCUGUUUAUAUCUGUCUAUAACUUAAAGAGAAACAAGUACAAAAAGGAAAAUCAAAAGGCGUUCAGCAUUAGAUAGAUCAUGUAUUUGAAGUGCCCCUUGUCGGUGUGUGCUGUAGCCCUGUGUGCAGUCCUCGGUACUGCCGGUUCGGAUACUGACCCCAGCACUAACCCCACGGCUGGGCUGCGAUUGGUGGAUAUUGUUUUGGAAUGCUCUCUAGUGGAGGAGGGGGGCGGGCGGCUGUCAAUGUUCGCAUCAGCAUUCUCCCGCCAGCCCUCCACCCUGGUGCUGAGGAAGGUCAGCGUGCCAGAACACGAAACCCUGGACAGCUAUACUGAGUACCAGCCGCCCCCCUUCGAUCCCGAGGCACUCAUAUUCGAGGUGGAAGUGACAUCAGCGUCAAUCCCAGGAGCUGAGUCGCUGCUCCACGCCGACUGCAACGAACAGGAAGUGACAUGCGAGAUCAGCCAGUACUACCCCCAGCAUGAGGUGCCGGAAGCAGCCUGGUUUAUUUGCAGCCUGCAGGUAGAGGGGGGCGGGGUUAGUGCCACCAUGGUGAUGAGGACUCAGCCAAUCACAGGAGAGGUGGGCGUAGAGCCGCACAAACAGAAGAAGCUGGACUUGCCUCUAAGUGACAGUGGGACCAUUCAGCUGGCAGCACAGUUCAGUGUGUUCACCAGCAUGCCCAGUGUCUCCACUGCACUAGGGGGCGCUGUGCUGCUAGACUGCGGCUUCACCGGUGAGCAGCACACACAGGAAGUGCAGGUGGAGUGGCGCGUGCAGCACAAGGGGAACGGGAGGCGUGUUCUUCAUUUCCGCGGCGAUACGAAUGAAGGAGUCUCUGAUCGCCCCGGGGCGCAGAUCGACUCUGCCAGGCUGGUUGCCCACAGGAAUGCUUCGCUUUUACUGCCUGGGUUCCAAGUGGCGGACGAGGGCACCUACAUCUGCAUCGUGACAGCUGGGCCGUACCAGGCACAGCAAGUCAUUCAAGUACAGGUCCAGGAACCCCCCUCAGUGAAUCUCGUUCCCGAGGCUCUGCAGCUCCAAGAGGGAGUGACAGAGAGACUGAGCUGUGAGAUCAACAGAUACUACCCCCUCGAUGUGCAGGUAGUCUGGACCCAAUCUCCUUCCUCCUCUCCUCACUCCUCCCCCUCCCCCUUCUCCUCCUCCUCCUCCUCCUCCUCUCCUCCCCCUUCCCACCUCCCUCAUAUCUACUUCUCCAGCCACAGGCAGCACUCUGACGGGACCUACUCACUGUCCGCCUACGUGCUGGUGAAUCCCUCCUCCUGCGAUGCCGGGACUAAUUUCACCUGCUCCGUGUCGCACCCCUCCCUCAGUGAGCCUCUCACAGCCAGCCUCACUGUCACACUGCCAGAAGAAUCCAGACUCUGGCUGAUUCUCGGAGCCUCCAUGGCGACACUCAUCUUCAUAUUUGCUGCUUGUAAACUUGUGUUGCAGUGGAACAAAGGGACAGUUGCCAAAAAAGGACAACUAAAAAAUAUCAAGACUUCAUUUCCUCUGGAGCCAGUUCCCUCAUCUUUUUAUUAUAUAUAAAUAUAUAAACAUCAGAAAUGAGAAAAACAAAACAUCUCAAGAACCAGAUGGUGAUCCAGAGAAACACUGCCAAGAAAAGAGAGAGUUUUAAAAUCCCUUUAUUGUGUCUAAAAAAUAAAAUCUAGCCACAGAGCAACUAUUUCAAAACAAACAAAAACAAUAGCAUAACUAUCACGGUCCAUUUAGGUCUCUUUUAAACCCCUUUUUUGUUUUUAUUUUUGUUUUGUUUUGACCGUUAUAGGAGCACAAUGAGCUCCCCUUCCUCGCUCACAUCAUACACCCAGUCUCCAGUGCACCAACAGUCUUUAAAACUGUCCAAGUCCUGCACCAUUUGAUAAUAAAAAUCAAUCUUAAUCCUGGAGACCAUCAGGAUUCUAGAAAUGCUUCCAGCAUUUCUAAAACCAGUGGCUAAAAUCUUGCUCUUUAAGGAUUUUAAAAUGGCUAAUUUCACCUGACCCAGUACAAAGUUGACCAGUGAGCACCUGUUUCUUUGUUUAAAACUAUAUUUAAUGUUAAAAACAAAGAGGUGUUUUGUAAAAACAACUCCCAAGGAAGCAGGUUUUCUAAAAACAGAAAAAAGGCUGCAGCUGGGGGCAGUCUGAAAACAGGUGGAAAAUUGUCUCCACUGCGGAACAGAAGGGGCACUGAUCACUGGCCCCUGGCUCCACACUGAUUACUGACCCCCAGCUCCACACGGCUCAACACUGAUCACUGACCCCCGACUCCACACGGCUCAACACUGAUCACUGACCCCCGGCUCCACACGACUCAACACUGAUCACUGACCCCCGACUCCACACGGCUCAACACGACUCCACACUGAUCACUGACCCCCGGCUCCACACGGCUCCACACUGAUCACUGACCCCCGGCUCCACACGACUCCACACUGA